AUGGCCGCCUCCACCAUGUCCGUCUGCUCCGACGCCUGCACCAAUGCCUCCUGGCAGGUGGACGACUGCCCAGAGAGCUGCUGCGAGCCCUGCUGCACCCCUGCCUGCUGCCAGCCUUGUGGCUGCGCCCCCGCCCCCAGCCUGACCCUCCUCUGCUCCCCGGCCAGCUGUGUGUGCAGCCCCUGCUGCCAGUCAGUCUGCACCAGCUGCUGCACACCCUGCUGCUGCCCGCAGUCUAGCUGCCAGCCCUGUGGCUGCACCGGCUCGCCCUGCCAACAGACCUGCUGUGAGCCCAUGUGCUGUAAGCCCGUGUGCUGCACACCCGUGUGCUGCACACCCAUGUGCUGCAUGCCCGUGUGCUGUACGCCCGUGUGCGGUGGGGCUUCCUCCAGCUGCUGCCAGUCCGUCUGCACCAGCUGCUGCACACCCUGCUGCUGCCCGCCGUCUAGCUACCAGCCCUGCAUCUGUGCCUGCUCGCCCUGCCAGCCAUCCUCCAGCGUGUCCCUGCUGUGCAGGCCCGUGUGCAGGCCGGCUUGCGGGGUGCCCGCCUCCUGUGGUUGCGCCUCCUGCUGCCAGCCCAGCUGCUGCCGCCCCGCAGCCUCCUGUGUCUCCCUGCUGUGCCGCCCUGCCUGUUCUCGCCCGGCCUGCAGCAGCAGCUCCUCCGGCCAGCAGUGCAGCUGCUGA